UUGCAACCAUUAUUUGUAGAGAAGUGCAGUCCAGCAAAGAUUAUUCCCAAUAUGAGUCUUAAAGAUAAAUUAAAUGACAAUGAAUUAGAUUUGAGUUUGAGUGAAUUGACUGAUGUCCCAGUUAAAGAAUUGUUAGCUAUACCAAAAGCAACUCAUGUGGAUUUAUCACGUAAUCGCAUUAAAUCAUUACCGUCCAACUUUUCUACCUUGACACAUAUCAUUAAAUUGGAUUUGAGUAAAAAUGAAUUGACAGAACUUCCUCAUAACUUUGGAAAUUUAACAAAUCUUCAAUAUUUGGAUUUGUAUGGUAAUAAAUUGACAGCACUUCCCACUAGUUUUUGCCGGUUGAAAAAUCUUCGAUGGUUGGAUCUGAAAAAUAAUCCAUUAGAAGCUCCAUUGAAGACAAUAGCAGGUGAUUGUCUUGAUCAGACACAAUGUCAACAAUGUGCAAAAAAGGUUGUUGCCCAUAUGCAAUCCAUUGAAUCUGAGCUUGAGAGAGAAAAACAAAAAAAAUUAAAAGAGCAAAGAGAGAGAGAAGCUGCAUUGAAAGCAGAAGAACAAAGAGCAUUAGAAGAAGCACGAAAAAUAAAAAAAGCAGAAAGAGAAAAAAGAAAGGCAGAAUUAAGAGAGCAAAGAUUAAGACAACAGCAACAAGAAAAAGAGCAAAACAAUGAAAAAGAAGAUACUUCAGAAAAAGAAGGUGCAGAAUUAAAUGGUAUUAUAUAUAAUCAACAAGCAAAUAAGAAAUCAGGUAAAAAUGCAUACAUGGUUGUUUAAAAUCACAAUAGAUAAAUUAGUUUUAUAGCAAUAAACAUAAUUAUUAUUACAAUAAUAAGUUGUUAUUCAAAUUCUCU